AAUCAAACCUGAUUUUAUGUUAUUUUGUGAUUUUAGGUCCAUUGUGUUAAUACAGUAUGUCAAAAUGAAAAAUAACUGUACAGUCACACAUGUGAGGUUGUGCUGAAAAUAAUGAUACCAAACAAGGCAAGAUAAAUAGUUUUUGAGGUGAAAUAUAAUGAUAAAAUCAAAAGUAGUCGAAAACAGCCAAUUCUAUCCCUGAUGACCUGACACCUUCAAACACAACCUCAUUUGGCCUCCAUGAAAAAGGUACUUAACCUCCCACUUUUCUAUAGGAAUACAUGUUUCCUACAGGCACUGCACUAGUAAUGAUAAUGAUAAUGAUAAUUAUAAUAAUAAUAAUAUAUACCAUGUGACCUGGUCUUUGUAUCUGUUCAGCUGCUCACCUUUGACCUGAUGCAGUGAAUACAGGUGGCACCUCGCUGUCACCUCUGACCUUUGAGGCUCAAUGUGACCUUGCAACUCGUUCAGGUAAUCCACCAGAUCAGUCGCCGUGACGACCACCUGCUGCUUCUCGCCACCUCCAACUGUGAACUGGGCCGAAUUCUGAUUCCGGUCUGUAAGUUGUGAUGUUUGGUUGAGAGAGUAAAACAGUUCCUGCGGUGCACGGGUCAGUUCCAGAGGUCAGGAUCUGUUAAUUCAUGUUUUUAUUGUGUUUUGUAGUGAAUAUUAUUUUAUUUUGGGGUCAAAUCUCAACAACACCCAACAAUCUCACAGUAAAUAAAGUUAAAAAAAACACAAUUUUUAUCAAAGUCAAGCUUUACUAAUCAUCACAGCCUGCUGUGUUAUUCUUAUUCAUGUCAUUCUUAUUAUUUGAAGACUGGGUGAAAACAGUCAGUGAGGUAGUUUUAUUAAUGUACACAGCGUGUGAUUGAAUAUUAAUACUGCUGUAACACUUAGACCUGCCUGCGUUGUGUGUUAUUAAACACUUAGUGAUGUUUAUAUGCUGUGCAAGACUUCUAGGAAGAUGAAGUAGUUAUGAAUAAUUUCAUCUUUGAAUUUGAAGACGUGUAGAUUCUUCUCUCCACCUGCACAGGUGAAUCCUGGGAGAUGAAGGUGUGAGUCUGUGUGGCAGCGUGCAGGUGGAGUCCCUCCGUCCUGCCUCAGAGCUCCAGCACUGAUUCCAGUGUUCUUGCGUGUGACUGGACAUUGAAACGUUGCGUGUCGUCUCUCUGCGCCACAUAAUCGUCCUGUUUGUUUGAUUUCCUCUGAGCAACAAUGAGCCGUUACUCUGGAGCGCCGCGGCUCUGACACUCAUCCACUCCAGCAGCUUAACAAAUAGGAUUAGAGCAAAGAGAAAAAAUCUCCCCCGCAAAGUCCCAUCUGCUCACCUGAGAGCAGCCCGGCGACGCCACGUCAGGACCGUCCCGAGCCCCGGACUAGACCCGUCCACUGUGUGUCCUGUUCCAUUCUGUCCAAUGCCGAGCGACCUGGUGGAUGGAUGACCGCGAGCAGGAGCCGCUGACGAGCUGAGAAGAGUCCGAGCUGGACGUUCAGAUUCUCUGAGAAUGACAAGAAAGUGUGGGAGGCUGGAGCUGUGGGCGCUGUGGGCGCUGGGAGCCGUGCUGCUGUCAGGAUACAUGUGCAUGGAGACAGUUGGCUCCGGGGGCCUGAGCGUGGAUCAGGAGGAGGGUGCAGAACUCGUGGGCGAGUCGUCGCUGGACUCGGUUCAGCUUCUGUACAGACGACACGCUGCUCUGACUCGGAGAAAAAGGAACAUCUUGUUUCCCAGCGGAGUGAAACUCUGCGCUCAGGAGACGUUUGACGAGGCCGUGACCAACCACCUCAGCUACUUCCACCUCAGAGUGUGUCAGGAGACGGUGUGGGAAGCCUUUAAGAUCUUCUGGGACCGGCUGCCGGAGCGGGAGGAGUACCAGGACUGGGUCGGGCGCUGCAUGGACGGCUCCGUCAGCGUCAAAGACAUCGGAAGCUUCUUCAGCAAAUCAGAGGAACACAGCAGCCUGAUCCAGAGUAGAGUCGCCGCGGCGGCUGCGAUGAACAGUGUGCUCACCACCUCAGGCCCUCCUCCAUGCAGCUCUGAAACAUCGACCGUCCAGACAGGAGAGUCGGUAACUCUACAAGGGGGAGGUGUCGUCAUCAUCAGAUCAGAGACAGUCGCGAUGGCCCAGGAUGACCUCCCACCAGGCUCUGAGGUCACUGCUUGGACCCCUCUAUUCUCUGCAACUGAAGGGUCCGUCCACGAAGGUGCAACACCUUCAGCUGAGAUUCCUGUGGGCCUCAGCCCUGAACCUGCAACACCAGAUUACACUGGAGGGGGUAUCACUUCAGAGAGUCCACUGUUGGUCGUCCCUGACGCAGAGGCUCCCUUAGAGUCUGAAGAAGCACAUGUUGAGGACACUGUGGAGGCUGCCACGGAGGUUCCUGACUCUGUUACCCAGGAUGCCUUUGAUAGGAUUGUUGAGAAAGACAAAACUGUCCCAGAAACAACAGAAGAUGAGGAGACUGUAGUGAAAGAUGGCAAGAUCCUAGAGAUCAUUCCUGCAGAUGUGGAUCUACCUGAUUCUGAGGUGAUUCAAAAGGUUUCCCCAAAAGGUGAGGAGACCCCCUCGGAGGCCGUGGCUGAAGAGGCCAUCACAGAAGAUACUGCUGUGGUCCUCGCAAAGCCCACAAUAAUAUCCGCUACAGAAGCUGGCACACUGGAAGAAGUAGGGCAGGAAGUAUCCCUGGAGCCUGCUGCUGAGGCUCCAUCAGACGCUGGGACAACUGUCAAGGUUCUGGUGGACGCUUCUUUGGAUAUCCCCUCAGGUGUAGCCUUGACAGAUGAGAUGAUAGAGGAACACACUGAGUCUGUCUAUGAAACAGAACCAGCAGGGCCUGUAUUAGUUGAGGCAGCAGUUCUUGAAGAAUCCAAAGGUGAAACACAGAAGCUGCCUGCAGAGCAUCCUGCAGAGGCUGCUGUAGAGGUUAGCCAUGAUGAAACAAAAGUCAGCACAGGUGCCACUCCAACUGAUUCAGAAGAAGAGGAUGAAAUGUUUGUCAGUGUGACUCCAGAACAAGAAUCUGUCUUGGACAUAGAAGCUGAGGUUCCCUCUCAAGGCUCCAUCCUGACUACAACAGACAAGAUAGCAGUAGAAGUUAGUAAAGACGGUGGUGAGGACAAACUCAAGGCUGAGGACACUUCUGAGCCGGUUGUAGAUGACCAAGAUGAAAACUCCUUCUCUGUGACUGAGGAGGCACCACCAAAUACUACAGAGGUAACAGAGGAGGUCACACCUGAGAAGGAGGAAACAGACGUAGGAGUAAAAAUAAAUGAGAUAACUGAAGCUGCUGUUACAGUCGAAUCUGCUGAGGUAAUAAUGCCAGAGAGAGAUGUGACAAGUGGGAUUGUUGUUGAUGAAACAGCAGCAGAAGAAGAUGCCACAGUGGCAGAAGGGGAGAUGGUAGAAACAGCAGAGGAAACAGAGGAGGCAACAGUUCCUGAAGAUGGAGUAGAACCUGCGGAACAUACCACAACAGCAGAAGAAGAACCAACAACAAUCACCCAGGAAGAGCCAGUAAAGACAAUUAAUGAGAUGACUGAGGAAACGGAGGGAACAAUUAAGGCCCCAGGAGAAGCACCUGCAGGUGCAGAAGAAACACCUGAGGCACCUUUAGAACCCGUAGAGAAAGAAAGAGCAGAUGGAAAUGAAAAUGCAACACCAGCAGAAGAAACUGUAGAAAUAGUAGAACCUACAGAAGGUUCUUCACAAGAAGCAGAACUAGCACAAGAAACUGCAACAGAAUCUGAACCCACAAGUGAAUCAGAACAACAAACAGAACUCAUUGAAGAGAAAUCCACAAACCCCCCAGGAGAACAAGCACAAGAAUCGGAACCUGUAGAAGAAACCACUGCAGAUACAGAACCUACAGCACAAGAAUCAGAACCCAUAGAAGAAACUACUGAAGAUACAGAACCUACAGCACAAGAAUCAGAACCCAUAGAAGAAACUACUGAAGAUACAGAACCUACAGCACAAGAAUCAGAACCCAUAGAAGAAACUACUGCAGAUACAGAACCUACAGGAUCCCCAGCACGAGAAUCAGAACCCGUAGAAGAAACCACUGAAGAUACAGAACCUACAGGAGCACCACCACAGGGAGUGGAACCUGUGGAAGAAAAUGCAGAAGAGGCAAAAAAAGAUACAGAAGAGUCACCAGAAUCACUGGGAGAGCCAGUGCAAGGGGAGAUUCCAAAAGAGACAGAACCCACCGGAGAACCAGCCGAAGAACCAGAAGUUGUAAAACAAGUUGCAGAAGAGACAGAACCUACUGGAAGACCUGCUCAAGAAACAGAACCUGUAGUAGCAACCAGUGAAACAGAUCUUACCAUGAAGUCUGGAGAUGAAACACAAGAAGAAGACGAAGAAGAAGAGGCAACUUCUGAGGAGGUAACAGUGGAAGGAGUUGUUGCCGAACCAGAAGCAGAAGGACCUGAAGCAGAAAUCGCAGAAGAAGAAGUCCCAGAGACUCUUGAUGAAAUCCCUCCAGAGUCUGAUGAAGAGGUCACUCCAGUUAUUGUUGUUGUUCCAGAAGACACAGAGAGUUUAGUGCCUGGGACUGAAGUGGAGGAGACUCUUGAACAGGAGGUGAUGGUGGAACAUCCAGGAGACUCUGAGGUAGAAAUACUACAAGAAACCACAAAGAACCCUAACCCUACACAGAUGGUGGAGUCUGGAAGUGAAUCUUCAGACUCAGAAUCUUUACGUGAAGUUGAGAAAGAAAUUGUCCCAGAGACUCCGAGUGAAACAUCUCCUGAAGUUGUGACCGAUUCACAUCCAGGUUCAACCACAAAAACUGAGGUCACCCAAGAGCCCACUGAUGAGCCUGUCCUCGAGGUUUCCCCUGACGAGGACAGUGUCCAGCUUGUCCCAGCAGAAGUUGAGGGUAUCUUCUCAGAUGUUACGGCUGAAGCUACAGAUGCAACCAUGACAGAUGUUCCUGUAAAAGCCACAUCUGAGUCCAUCGACGAGAUCAUCCCAGACACUGUGGUGGAAGUCACUGCAGAGGAUGAGAGCGAGGAACCCACCGCCGGUGCCUCUGUAGCUGCCACAACCAAGCACGAGGUGGAGUACAACAACGGAAACUUCCCCGAUCCAACAGAGAGGCCUUUUGAUAUAGAUGACGAUUUACUUGGAAACAACGGCUUUGGCCUGGUGGAUGAGAAGGAGAGCUCGAUCGGUAACGAGAUAGACGACACCUUGCUGUGGCCCUCGAGGCCCCUGAAGGAUCAGGUGGUGGAGCUGAGCAUCAAGCUGAGAGGAGAAACCUACAACGACGGUCUGAGAGACCCGGGUAGCUUCCACUACCAACAACUGGCCAGACACUUCACACGCAGGAUUGAAGACGCCUUCCAGAGGCUGCCGAGCUUCAAGAACGUCUACAUCGUGGAAUUCAGGCCGCAGAAGGACCUGGAGAGGGGUUUGGUGGUCCUGGUACACUACGCCAUCACUCUGGAGGUCGACAGCAGCGGCAUCACCAACGACACGCUGGACUUCAUCUCUCUGCAGAACAACCUGGUGGAGAAGAAUUACCCUGGAGCCGCUGAGCAGCCCACCGUCGUCUACACCAUCACUGACUUCCGCAACUACAUCACUGAGGCUCUGCACAAAGACAAUUUCAUGACCAACAGCAGCCUGGACACGCAGCCCGACUCCCUGCAGCUGGAGAACGUGGAGAACUUGUUACCUGCUGUGAAACCUACGAGCCGACCGGCAGACGCCUUCGACAACAUGGACAACGUCCUGGCUGCAGAGAAGCCUCCCGAUGCUCCGAGCCACGAGGCUGACAGCACCGACGUCUUCCUGAAGAAAGAUGACUUCCUGUUUGACCCCUUCGACCAGUGGAAAGGUCCUCAGGGCGCAGCGGUGAGCGAGAACGACGUCUUCAUGUUCGACGAGAGCACAGCUCCUCCACCUGCUGCUGAGUUCCCAGAGAAGACGGUCGACCUGGAGCAAGCGGCUCCAGAGAAUAAAGGAAAUAUUGAAGAUGAGGGAUUCCUCCUCAGUAAUGCCGCAGCUGAAAAAGACGAUUCCCCCCGAGGGGACCGUACGGUCACACCGGGAGGCUCUUCUGCAGCUGCCCUUCCUCCACCGGUGAAACCUCAAUCAGGCUCUGAGGUCACGCUGGACGAAGGAUCUGGCUCUGGUUUUUCUGGAUAUGGCCAGGGAGCUGAUCUCUGGUCCCGGCAGCCAGCAACCUCUGAUGAGACUGACUUCUACGAAGAGGGUGACGGUAGCCUGGAGGUGCUGCCGCCGCCUGAUCUGGAGGACACCGAGGACGAAAAUGAGGAUGAGGAUGCUGUUGGUGUUGAGACGGCAACCUCAGAGAAAGAUUUGAUUGCGAUGGAAAUAGAGUUCACCAGUGCUCCCCUGCUGAGGACAACCACAGUUCCUGCUGUUGAGGAAUCAGUACCAGACAGAAGACUUGAGGAACCCUUCUUGGACCAGGUUUUGGUAACUCCGCACAUCAGUACAGACCCUCGGUACUCCACCACUACCGAAGCACCUGUGUUCUCGCCCAAAGGCACCUUGACUGUUGAACUUUCAGUGCAAACAGUGGAGGCGUCUGGCAUCUAUGCCGACUACUCUUUGACUGGACCACAUACCCAUGCAGCCCCAGUCACAGAUUCUCCUGUACCGGACGCUUGGACUCGGGAGGUUCCUGUUUUCGCAGGAGCAACUGAUUCAGCAGUCAAGAUUCAAGAAACCACUGAGGAGGUUAAAGUUACUACUGAAGCAGAAAUCAAGCUACCAGUGGUUACAGUUCAGUCUCAAUCAGAGGAAGAUGUACCUGAGCAGGUGGAUAUUAAAAUCACUGUUGCACCCGAAGUCCCUGAAGUCCCUGAAGUCCCUGAUACUGAUGCUUCCUCUACUGGAAAGGAACCUGAACUUGUAGAAGUCCAGGCAGUCACAGUCAAACAACCCAGCUUUGAUACGAUCACUGAAGAGACACCUGAACUUGAGGUAGUCACAGAAAAACAAAAACUGCUUCUGCCAGAAACUGAAGGCCGCAAUGACAUCGAGAUUUUAGAGGAGCAACACAUCGGAGCCACUGAUCCUGCGAGAACAACAGCACCGGUGGUCGGCAUCAGAACAGAGGAUCUGGUUGUGGAUGAAGUCAUGGUUGCCACUACGACGACUGCCGCUCCGGUCCUCACUUCAUCUGUGAGUCUGGACCACAGCAGCAGCAUCGUGCUCUCACCUGAAAAAGACUCACCGUUCACUCGAGUGUCCGAUUCAGCACCAGAGGACGAGGAGCCCGUUCACCACGAGCACUCAAACCAUGAAGACUUUGAUGAAGUUCCAGUGAUUACUCCGACCUCAGAUGUUCCUCAUUUGACACCUUCAGAAGGUGCUCAAGCUGAUGCUGAAGAAGAGUUGAAACGGGAUGAAGACUUUGGAACCAUGUUGACAAAUACUUCUGAAAAGUUAGGAAGCGAUCGGCUCCAAACAGCAACUUCUUCACUUACGGAAGUCAGAAACAACGCUCCCCUAACUGAGAUCCAACCCUUUGAACACAUUUUUUCUGAAGUGCCAAGUAUCGACGUCAGCUUUGAUGUGUUCCAGUAUGGCGGCAUGCCGACUGAAGGUGAGAGCAGCGGCUUCUCCAGUGGGGCUCAGGGGUCGGACCUCGACGCCCUGACAUCUCCAACCCGACCCGGCAGAGCCCUGACCGUGUUCUUCAGCCUCAGGGUGACCAACAUGGCGUUCUCCAUGGACCUCUUCAACAAGAGCUCUCCUGAGUACAAAGCCCUGGAGCAACGGUUCUUACAGCUGCUGGUCCCGUACCUUCAAUCCAACCUGAACAACUUCAAGAACCUGGAGAUCCUCAACUUCAGGAACGGCAGCAUUGUGGUGAACAGCAGGAUGAGGUUUGGUAAGCCAGUUCCCACAGGGGUCACCAACGUGGUGUACCUCAUCCUGGAGGACUUUGCGAACACCGCCUACCAGACCAUGAACCUGGCCAUCGACAAGUACUCGCUGGAUGUCGAAUCAGGUGACCGGGCCGACCCCUGUAAGUUCCAGGCCUGUAACGAGUUCUCCAGGUGCAUGGUCAACCGGUGGUCGGGCGAGGCGGAGUGUGUGUGCGACGCCGGAUACCUGAGUGUGGACGGUCUGCCGUGUCAGAGCGUGUGCGAGGUUCAGACCGACUUCUGCUUCAAUGACGGCAAAUGUGACAUCAUCCCUGGCCAGGGCGCCAUCUGCAGGUGUCGGGUUGGAGAGAACUGGUGGUACCGUGGCGAACACUGUGAGGAGUACGUCUCCGAGCCGCUGGUGGUGGGCAUCGCCAUCGCCUCUGUGGCUGGUUUCCUGAUGGUGGCGGCCGGGAUCAUCUUCUUCCUGGCGAGGUCGCUGCGAGAGCAGUAUGACGGGGAGGACACGGAGGACCCGCUCCGACGGGGAGAAAGUGUUCCGACACUAGAGCGCGCCACCAAGUUCAACCCCAUGUUCGAGAGCGACCCAGUCACCGCCCAGUACUACCGUCGCUAUGACGACAACAUGCCCCAGUACCCGCACCGCGUGGACCCGGACCUGCCGCUGUACAGCAGCUCCUUCAGCGCCGACGGCUCCAAAGAACUCGGAAGCGACGAGAUCCAACACAUCUACCAGAACACCUCGCUCUCCAGAGAGGAGAUCCAGGAGCGGCUGAGGAUCAUCGAGUUGUGUGCCAGGGAUCAACACUUCGCUGACUUUGUGCGACAGACUCAAGUAUUCCUGGAGAGGAGAGGAAGCUCGACCACAUAACAAGUCCAGCGCCGGUCACCUCCAGAAACCUGCCUUCGUCUCUGAUUGGUUGAAGGAAGAGGAGUUCGUCUUCUGUUGCCUCGCUGCUUCUGAUUGACUGGAUGUUAAGGUGACGACAAAACUUUUGGGACUUUACAUUCCGAGAACACUUCCUGUUGGAUUGAUCGCCUGUUCAAAACUCCUGAACUGAACUUUGACCUCUGUAUGGUCACCUCUUCUUCUCACCUUUACCUUUCAUUUCCACCUGUAAAUACUGUGCUGUUUUUAUUUCAUUUCAUUUUAUUUCAUUUUAUUUUAUUUUGGAGAAACACUUCACUCUCCUUUUUCACUCUGGAUAUGUCACUGCACCGUACCUCUGUCUUACACUUUCAAACCGAUUUCAUGGCUUUCACCUUUAGCUUCAACACAAAGCUUCUGUUUGCGUCCUGACCGAAGGACACGAUGUGAUUUCACUGUGUUGGUGUUGCACCAGGACGUCAUGGUGAACCUUGUGAAAGGGUCUGUUUCCUGAAGGUAAUCAAGUGUUUUUGAAAGCAGACUAACUGUGAAUAAUAAGUGAUGCGAUGACGUUCCCGGAGCAUGACAACCCACAAAAAACACGUUGCUGAUAGUUUGUUGGUUCUGAAUGUUUGUGUGUUUUCGGGACGCUCCUCCCCAUCAGUGCCUUCGCAGCUCCGUCAGCUCUUUUGGAAUACGAUGUGCAGAUCUGGGAGCCCUCGACGUCAAUGACCCGGCUCAUGAAGCUAUCGAUCAGCUGUGUUUCACACCGAUGUUUACAUGACAACCACUGCUGGACUGUGAGCUGAUGUGUUUGACAUGUGUAGCCUGUCAGUGUCCUCCCUGCGAGUCCACUGAUGUUGGACACGCUGACCACAGUUUCAGAGUCGUCUUUAAAAAGCUGCGAUGAACAGAAUUCUUCAGAAUGCUGUCAGCAAGUCCAACAACUGAACAUACCUUUGCUUAUCGUUAUCCACACGACCGGAGACUUCAGUGUGAGCAAGAUGUCUUGUUUGUGUUGUUUACGCACUGAUCUUAAUCGUGCACAACAUAAUCAUGUUUGCAGAUUUUUAUUUAUACAUAUCUUGAAAUUUUAAAGAAAUCCUCAAACUUUAAUACUGGGCUUCAAAUAUCACAUUAGACUUGGACCAGAUACCUCGAUAUUGAUACUGUGACAAUAUCGUAGGGAAGAUUUUUGAUACUUUGACAAAAUCUGAACAGAAUAGGAACCAAUAAAUGUUCCUAAAUCUGACAAACUGGACCUUUAUUUCAUCUUUCUCAGGUGUUCCUGAGGGCAGGAUAGUUGGUCUUCUGCGGUUAUGUUUACAUAAGAUAUUAACUUGUGAGAAUAAAAUUAAAAUCACUUUUAGAACGUGUUUCCAACUUCUUUAUGGGGACGUAAAAUAAUAUCACAAUACAGGAUAUACAUCUCAAUACUUUUUAUCUUCUCUUGAACCAGACAACAGAAUCAAACGAUACUGAUAUUGUGACGGUAUAGCAGCGAUGAUUGAUUGUUCUUUCACUAUUUGAACCAACACUGGAUCUUUAAGUGUUUUCUGCUACACACCAACAUUUCUGUUGUGUGUUCCUCGGAUCAGGAUUCUCAGUCUGAUGUUUUGCACAUUGGGCGUUUCAUGCUUUCAUGUAGGGCCGCAACAUAAUUGUACAGUAUUUUGAGGCUAAAUCACGAUAAAUAUCUUGAUGUUUUGAAAUCUCUAACAUGCUUCAUAAACACUCAGACUGGGUGACAGUCUCAAAUAUCGAUGAUUUCGAUGUUGAGACAAUAUUCUACUAAUGGCUUGUUACUUUAACAAUAUAUGAACACAGUGAGAAGCAGUAAAUCCCCUGAAAUCAUGUCUCCAUGGUGUUCCACAGGGCAAGAUUCUCAGCCGUGUGUUCUUCUGUUUUUAAAGCUAAAGCUUCGUCCUUUGAUAUUAUCUCAGUACUUUACAGUGAAAAACAGGAGAAGACAACACUUGUGUCCUGUCACCAUAUAACCAGGCUGAACUGCCAUGUUUUAUAUCCCAGAGCUAAAGACAACCCAAAACCACAAAACAUCUACAGGACACUUGAUCAGUGUGUUUAUAAUAACUUGAAUUUUCUUGGAUUGUUGAAUUUACUUGAAAAGUUUUGACCUAAACUCCACCAUCUUGAUUGUAGAUGACAUAGUAGACGGACAGCUGAUAUGUUUUGUGUUGUUUGGAUGUUGAAUGUCUGUUUUCCCUCCGCGACACUUUCAAUCAACAGAAUCUCACUUCUUUUAAAAUCCACACGUCAGAGCUAAGCAGCCAUUUCCCUCACGUUGAUCUCUGGUCCGUUGUCGUUGUAUCAGUGUUUUGUAUUGUGUUUUCUAUGCUGUAUGUGCGACUAUAGAGCAGAGGCGAUAACAAACACCUUGAUGUGUUAGUACGAGCUGGCACUGUCACAUUUUUCUAAAAUAAAAUUGCUAUUUUUUACAGAAUCA